UUUACGCACGUCACCGCCGCGCCCAUGCGCACUGGGCUUGUUGUCGGCUCGCUUGUUAUGCCUGGUUGAGGCCUCGGACUAAAUUAGUAGAAAACCCCCCGUCUCCGCCCCGGGACACCCGCCAUGGAGGGCAUGGAUAUGGACUUGGACCCGGAGUUCAUGCAGAAGUUCAGCUGUAUGGGCACCACCGACAAAGACGUGCUUAUAUCCGAGUUCCAGAGGCUGCUCGGCUUCCAGCUGAACCCCGCGGGCUGCGCCUUCUUCCUGGACAUGACCAACUGGAACCUGCAGGCUGCUAUUGGGGCAUACUACGACUUUGAGAGCCCCAACAUAAACGCACCAUCCAUGUCGUUUGUGGAGGACGUGACGAUCGGCGAGGGGGAGUCCGUCCCCCCCGACACACCAUUUACAAAGACCUGGAGGAUACAGAACACAGGGGCAGAGUCCUGGCCCCCAGGGGUGUGUCUGAAGUAUGUGGGCGGGGACCAGUUUGGUCACGUCAACAUGGUGCUGGUUCGCUCACUGGAGCCGCAGGAGGUGUCCGACGUCAGCGUGCAGAUGCGCAGCCCGGCUGCCCCCGGCAUGUACCAGGGCCAGUGGAGGAUGUGCACAGCCACUGGACUCUUCUAUGGGGACGUGAUCUGGGUGAUCCUCAGCGUGGAGGUGGGCGGUCUACUCGGCGUCACGCAGCAGCUCUCCUCCUUCGAGACGGAGUUCAACACCCAGCCCCACCGCAACGUCGAGGGUAACUUCAACCCCUUCGCCUCGCCGCAGAGGAACAAGGGCGCCGGGAGCCCCGGAGGUCCCUGGGAUGGCCACUCGGACGGCAUCCAGCAGGAUCAAAAUGGACUGUCACACACCUCUGUAAAUAUAACACCAAACAGUCUCCAAAACAACCUGUCAGUGGUGACAUACAGUCAGGGUAUCCACGGGCCCUACCCCUUUGGAGAGUCUUAAAGGCAGCCUCCAGCCACGGCUCAACGGUGCUGCUUCCCGCCGCCCCGAGGGCGGUGGUGGGGGCAGUUCUGGGCCGGCCGGGAGCAGCCCCGAAUUAUUUCGUAUGGACACUUGACAGAUCCCGUUUCCUCUCCCUGAUGACGAUAUAAAUGAACAGUGAAGAUAAGGGUGUGUGAUCCCUGAAUGCCCGGAGAAUGCAUGUGCGAAUGCUAAAUUAAGACCCGAGUGCUAUGAGUCUUUUGCGGGGCAUGGAGUACACACCGGAUGUUCUUUUCUUUCCGUUGUAUCCUCUGAGUCUGAGUUAUCGAGCACCGAGUAGAGUUUAGCGAGGAGCAGUGAGCGUCACCGUCCCCGAGCAGACGGAGCGAUCCUCAGCGGCUCUGUGGGUUGCUGUGUGACAUCACAUGCUGGUUUCCUGCUCUCCUCCUGUAGCGGUGUAUACUUUCUGGGGUGCUGUCUUCCCUGUUCCGCUGUAAAGGUUCUUCAGAGAAGGAAGGUCAUAUUUGUGCAGAGAGAAAGAUCCCGGCCUUUCUGAGUCCUGCUGUCUUUGUGUAUCCUAUGUCAAAGCUCUGCCUUGCACAUCUAACACACCAGGUGACGCUGUAAGUGGAUAAAAGAAUGAGUUGGCACACAACACCAUCACUUACCAGCAGAGGGCGCUGCUCGACAAAUUACCCUGAGGCAGGUAGCCAAGCUGCCAGGUUGUUGACGUUCUGCUUCUCACUGAACUGAUUCACGCUUCUUGUCCUCGGCCUGCGGCUUUCGGGGUGACGUGUUGCAUUCGGCACACGCUCAUAGCGCGGCCGUCCUGGGUCGCUGGCGUGUUCCCAAACGUGUUCCGGUUUCUGUGGGAGGUGCGUACAGCCCCCUGGGUCUUGGUUAAGCAGCCGAAAGAUGGACGUUCUCCCUGGAUUGGCAUGGGCAGGCGAGCCCCCCCCCCCCCCCCCGCCCCAAGAAUCUGGAGCUCAUGAGCGUUUUUGUAUAAUAUGGAUUAAAUGCUUUUAAGUUGGGGGAAAAACACAGGCUAUUCAUCGUUAUGUCAGUAAUGUUUUCAUCACCAUUUUGGAGACACUAUGGAACGACUUCAUUUCUAUAACCUCUCUGUAUGCUUCUUGAUGGAAGAAUAGACAGUCAUGUAACAUACUCAAUUAUUAAUACUCUUCGAUCAGACUAUAAGCAGUAGUGUGUUUUUUUUUUUUUUUUUAGCUGCAGGGCAAUUUUCUGACCCCCUGAGCUUUGGUGCCUGCCGCUGGUAAUGGUUCCCAUCUGCACUGGCUGUCAGCUCCGAGUUCCAGCACGGCUGUAAUCCACCGUCCCUGUCAAUCUGCGGUGUUUAUACAAUAUCCUGCCCAAAUGUCAGUUUUCCCCCCCAUCCUGAAAAGUAUACACUCACCGGUCUGCCUUCCUCUUCUCUCCUUUGCUCUGUUUGUUGACUGUCUGGAUUUUUUAGGUUCCUUGAUGGAUGGUCUUUGUUUCGUUUUUUUUUUCUCCUCUGUGAUUCGGGUGCGUGUCGGACUGCGUGGGGCACUGGGUUGAGUGAGUCCAGUCUGUGUAGAGUCCUAUGAUAGCACAUCGAAUGAUGAAGAAACCUGAAAAAUGGAAUCCUUUUACUUGUAUGUAUAAAUGAACAUUUGUAUGAUUAAAUUAACACUGAAAAGAGAACGUUCA